AUGACUGUCACAUCAAGCUUCGUUUCUCAUCCACUCCCCAUACGACAUGACUCUCCGUUCCCAGUGUCAAAUAUACCUUUUGGCAUUUUCAGCACUGCGGAGGAUCCCACACCACGCCCAGGAGCUGCGAUUGGCGACUAUGUGAUCGAUUUAUUUCGCGUCGCAAACCGAGGUGCUCUGACUAUCGACUACGCCGAUGGAGCACAAGAUAUCUUCCGCGAGCCGACGCUCAACCGCUUCGCCGCUCUUCCUCGUCCUGUCCGGUCUAAGAUCCGGAAGGACAUCCAGGCGUUGAUUGUAAACGCGGAUUCACCAUUAUACAAUCAGACAGAUCAGGCAAAGUUACUCAUUCCGAGAGUAGCAGUAUCAAUGCACCUUCCGUUCUCCAUGGGCGGAUUCACAGACUACACCUGCUCUCUAGAGCAUGUCACCAAUGUUGGUCGCGUAGCAGGCUUCGGCGACAUCCCCCCCAGCUUCCGCAACCAACCACUAGCAUACAACGGCCGCGCCUCAUCAGUAGUCCCAAGUGGCACUCCAAUCCAGCGCCCAUACGGCGUCGGCGCCGAUGGACUCUACCCCUGCCAGAAACUCGACUACGAGGUCGAACUUGGCAUGUUCAUCUCGACCAAGAUACCCAUUGGCGAACAUAUCCCGGCAUCCCGCGCGCGAGACUACAUAUUCGGCUUCGUUCUGCUGAAUGACUGGAGUGCCAGAGAUGUUCAGUUCGCAGAGAUGAUUCCCCUAGGACCAUUUAAUGGUAAGAGCUGUGGAACGAGCAUCUCGACCUGGGUCGUGACGAUGGAUGCGCUUGAAGAAGCGGGUGCUAUUGUUCCGGCUAAAGCGGAUGUUGCUACGGAGGGGAAGUUCACGUCGAAUUCAUUCUUGAAAUGUGCGGAGGAUGUCUCGAUUGAUGUGUCGACUUUCAUUUCUAGUAUGUAUUUCCCAUGUCGGAGUUCUUGGGAGAUGUUGCUGAUGUGGGAUAUAGGAGGGGAGAGUCAUCGGACGCCGAUUAGUAGGAGUAACUUGAAGCAUACAUAUUGGUCACCGUUCCAGAUGAUUGCGCAUCAUACCUCGGCUGGGUGUGGACUUGCUCCUGGAGAUCUAAUUGGAACAGGGACACUUUCUUCGUCAGCCAAGCAAGCGAGUGAGGAUUUGGAGCAAGCGUCAACCGGUCUAGGGCGGCUUGGGUGUAUCCAUGAAUUGACGGCGGGCGGGAAGAACCCAGUUCAACUUGUAAAUGACUUGUCAUUGGUCUGGUUGCAGGACAACGAUGAGAUUGCACUGGAGGGAUGGGCUGGUGAAGGAAAUUCUCGCAUUGGCUUUGGUCAAGUGGUCGGUAGGGUUGCUCCUGUCGCGGAGAUACCCGCCCAUUGA